AAUUUUACCGUUGGAAUGAAUAAAAAGAAAUUUGACUAAAUGGGAAUUUAAGGUUUUAGAUAGAGAGAAAACAAAGAGGUGAGAAAAAACAAACAGAUAGGAGGAUUAUGAAGAAGAGUAAACGAGAGAACUUGCUUUCUCCUUCAUCUUCAUGGCGAGAAAACCAUAAUCCUCCCCGGAAAGUUUCAAACUCCUCCGCCGUCUCCUCCGGCUGCCUCCCCGGAUUCUUCAACCUCUUCCUCUCCACCUUCAGCUUCUCCUCCAACCGCCGCAAAUCCAUCACCUUGGGAUCUAAAAAGCGAGAACAAAGAACCGUCGUUUACGCUUCUCCUCCGCAAGAUUCAUCAAACGGAGACGGCGGAGUAAUUGGUGCGACACCGCUUCCGCACAAUGAAGGAGAGGAAGAUGCGGCGAGGGUGAGUCUAGUCGGAGCACUAGAGAAAUGUGAUCGGGACUUAGAGGAGCUAAGGAGAACCAUCGACGUCAUCAAAACCACUUACAUUCUUCACAAGAAACUUGAGGUUUCUCCGCCGACAACACGUGAGAAUUUUAAAUUCUCCGGCACCGAGUCAUGUGGCACGUUGCCCCUUGUGGUGCGGAGGGUAAGACGGAGCUUGAUGGAGAGCGUGAACCAAGUUUGUGAUGAUGUGGCAUCUGGUCAACGAAGAGAGGUCGCUAAAAUCGGUUUAGCUCUUCAUGAUCACAUCUGUCGCGACCUGAUCGCAGAGACCGUUCGAGAGCUCUCCUUCUCCGACUACGAUGACGACGAGUUUUAUAAAUCGCCGGUAGAUUCUUCUGUUUGUUACGGUGAAGGAGGUGGGAAAACAUUCGUCUUAUGGGACGUCGAGGAUUGCCCUAUCCCUGAUGGUCUUGGUCCUCGUGAUGUUUUCAGUAACAUAAAACGUGUCCUUAUGGAUAAUGGUUAUCGUGGUGAUGUCUCAACUACACCUUAUACCGAUUUGAGAAAAUCAAAUGGUGAGUUUAUUGGUAUUCCUGUCCGUCACCUAUCCGCAGGAGAUAGAGAUGCGAGACUUGAGGUGUAUAUGUUAGACUUAUUUUCCCUUCUUGUCAAGGAAGAUGGACCAUUAAAUUUGAUGCUAAUUUCUCCAGACUCAUCAGGACAGCUAUCUUUAACCCCAGAUGGGAUUUGCAAGGCCCUGGCAUUUGGAGAAGAUAUUAUCAUCAGGACGGAUCCUCCUGUGGGUGAUGAGUUACACGAAUCGGCAGAGACGGAUCUUCCUGUGGCUGAUGAGUUACACGAAUCGGCAGAGACGGCGGUCUUCUGGGACAUGGAGGAUUGCCAAAUCCCCGACGAUCUCAAUAUUGUUGAGGUUUCGCUGAACAUUAGAAAAGCCCUUAAGAAUCUCAAGUAUAAGGCUAAGGCCACCAUCCAUGCUUAUGGCGAUACGGAUCAGAUCAAGGCUGGCCUUAAAUCAACCGAAUACGUUGUCAAACAACACGCAGACGCAGGUGAUGAAGUUGACUUGUCGAAAAGGGAAAUAGAUUAUCGUGGUACAGGAGCCAUAUUUUCUGAUCAAACGAAUGAAGAGCUCAAUAUCGUGGUCAAUCACACACCGGCAGGAGAGAGAAAAGCUAGACAUUUCAAGAUCUUAACUGACUUUUUAACCUGGGCAGUUGAUUUUGAACCAUUCGUUACUUUGAUAAUAAUCGUGGGAAGAAGCAUCACACCACUGUUCAAGAGGGGUGUUUUUGAAUUGUUUAUGACGGGUUACAACAUUAUCUUGGUACAGCCUCGAAACCUGCCUGGAGACGCAUCAGCAUCUGAUAUGGAACCAAAAUUGCUUUGGGAAGACUUAUCAGCUGGGAAAUACUCUAGCUCACUACGUAAGCGAAAGGAUCCACCAACACCAACUGAAGAUGACGAUACUUGUGUGGUUAGCCCCAAUCCCCAGGACACCUUGAUGUUUGAUAAUUAGUUUGUAUUGUGAUUGCUUUCUUGCUGGAGUUACUUUGUAUUUUGAUUGCUUGCUUUUAUUGCUAAGGCUGUCUCUGUGCAGCCUAACAUCUCAUAACUCUUUUAAUUUAAGUGCAAGAAGUUUCUGGUUUCAAAGUCUCUUUAUGAUGUCCGAUACUAUCUUUGUUGUGAUGAUAGUAUUUUCAACUGGUAACCUGUCCUGUCUGGUUAGUCCUGCUGUAGUCUUCUCCCCAUUAGUUUAGAGAUAGUCUUGUAGAGAGUGGUACAACAUUCGGUUCAGUGUUAACACCCGGAAAACCCGUAGACGUAGCUCUUGGACGCAUUUGUCAAUAGUAAAGAGAAAGGUGAGUU